UUAAAAGCAUUAAAAAAAUGGGCAGCUUGCUGAGUACUGUUUAAGAGGAAGCUUUUCAUUUUUUCAAGUUUUGCCGCCAAUCUGUCUCUCAGUGGCGCUCAGAUCAGAUUUACCCAAAAAAAACCCAACUCCGAAUUCAAUGGACUCCGCCAUUGGUGCCAAAAUCGUAGUCGAAGACGACGAUGAUGAAUUUGAUUGGGAGGCAGCUGUGAGAGAAAUCGAUGUGGCAUGCCAAACUGGAAAGCCCUCCUCUUCGUCUUGCAACUUUGAGAAACACGAGAGCGAGAAGAAGAAGAAGAAGAAUGGCAGCAAUUCAAGGCAAUCCACGCUCCACGAGUUUGUUGCGAAGGAGGUCCCGAGGCCUCAACAGGAGAGGAGUUGGGAUACUGGGGAACGUCGUGAUGAAAGGGUUUGCGACGUUGAAAUUGAUGUUGAGGCAGCCAAAACUUGGAUAUACCCAGUUAAUGUUCCACUGCGUGACUAUCAACUUGCGAUUACAAAGAAAGCACUGUUUUCAAAUACUUUAGUGGCAUUGCCAACAGGACUUGGGAAAACUCUUAUUGCUGCAGUUGUUAUGUACAAUUAUUUCCGAUGGUUCCCAGAUGGAAAAAUAGUUUUCACUGCACCUUCUCGACCACUUGUCAUGCAGCAAAUUGAAGCAUGCCAUGGAAUCGUGGGAAUUCCACAAGAUUGGACAAUCGAUUUGACAGGUCAGGUAAAUCCUACAAAACGAGCAUGCUUUUGGAAAUCCAAACGAGUCUUCUUUGUUACUCCACAAGUAUUGGAGAAGGAUAUUCAAUCUGGAACAUGUUUAGUCAACUACUUGGUAUUAUUGGUUAUUGAUGAAGCUCAUCGAGCAAUGGGAAACUAUGCUUAUUGUGUUGCCAUCCGCAAGUUAAUGGAUGUACCGGUGCAAUUGAGAAUAUUAGCUUUGACAGCCACACCAGGAGCAAAGCAGCAGACCAUCCAGCAAAUUAUUGAUAACUUGCACAUAUCAACACUGGAAUAUCGUAAUGAAAGUGACCAUGAUGUUAGUCCAUAUGUUCAUAAUAGGAAGAUAGAGUUAAUUCAGGUUGCAUUGGGCAAAGAUGCUGUUGAGAUAAAUAAAAUGAUUUUGGAAGUAAUACGUCCAUAUGUUGCCAGGCUUUCUGCAGUUGGAGUUCUUCAGCAUCGAGAUUAUGAAACUUUGAGCCCAUGUGAGCUGCUUAAUUCAAGAGACAAAUUUCGUCAAGCACCUCCUGUAGACCUUCCCCCAGUGAAGUAUGGAGAUGUGGAAGGUUAUUUUGGAGUACUUAUAACUCUUUACCACAUUCGCAAGCUACUGUCGAGCCAUGGAAUAAGGCCAGCAUGUGAGAUGCUUGAAGAGAAAUUGAGACAAGGGCCAUUUGCGAGAUAUAUGAGUAGAAAUGAAGAUCUCUUGAAAGUGAAGUUAUUAAUGCAGCAAAACUUGUCUCAUGGUGCUCCAAGUCCAAAGCUAUCCAAAAUGUUAGAAGUAUUGCUUGAUCAUUUCAAAUUGAAGGAUCCACAAAAUUCAAGGGUCAUUAUUUUCUCAAAUUUUAGAGGAAGUGUCAGGGACAUAAUGGAUGCAUUGUCAAACAUUGGGAAUAUAGUUAGAGCUACCCAGUUUAUUGGUCAAAGUUCAGGAAAAACGUUGAAAGGCCAGUCACAAAAAGUUCAACAGGCUGUUUUGGAGAAAUUUCGGGCUGGUGGAUAUAACGUCAUUGUUGCCACAUCUAUUGGCGAAGAAGGCCUUGAUAUAAUGGAAGUUGAUCUUGUAAUAUGCUUUGAUGCUAAUGUGUCCCCAUUGAGAAUGAUUCAGCGAAUGGGGAGGACUGGAAGGAAGCAUGAUGGACGAGUUGUAGUUUUAGCCUGUGAAGGAUCAGAGUUGAAAGGUUACAUGCGAAAACAAGCAAACAGCAAGGCUGUGAGGAAACAUAUGCGAAAUGGGGGGAUGAAUAGCUUCAAUUUUCAUCCUAGCCCAAGAAUGAUUCCCCACAUUUACAAACCAGAAGUCCAAUUUGUUGAGCUUUCAAUUGAACAAUUUGUUCGUCGUGGAAAAAAAGUGAAAGAUGAUGCUACUGUGCAGUCACCUGCUUUUAGAGACAAACUUACUGUUGCUGAGACUAAUCUAAUUGCGAAGUAUUUUCACCCACCUGGUGAUAUUACAUGGAAACCAUCCCUUAUUGCAUUUCCUCACUUCCAGACAUUUCCCUCUAGAGUUCAUAAAGUGAUGCAUUCAUUUAAAACGAGACUACUGAUUGAUACAAUGCAAUACUUACAAGAACUAUCAUUCGCUGGGAACAGCAAAGUUUCUCCUUUCAAGCAUGAAGAAGUCUGUUUAGAGAAAAGCUUGGAAACUAGUGUUGAACAACAGAACAAAAAAGAUAUGCCUUUGUCUGAUCAUUCGUCAGAGAAAAAUUGUCAAGCCAAAGAUUUGGGACCUGAAAUAUCACAUACUAAGAACUUAGAAACCAAGGAGAAGCAUGGUGCAUGUGAAAUCCCUUGCCAAAGGGCUCAUGGGCACUCCUAUCUCUUUGGUUCAGAUUUUGUAUCAGUUGAUGAUGAUGGAAACGUUAUAAUUGUGACAGUCCCUUUACUUCCUUUCGGAAAAGUUUCACAUCCCAGUAAGACAAGAACAAGCAAUACUUUGUUGGUAACUUCUUCACAUCAAGAUCCUCGCCAUCUGAGGGCUUCUGUUGAAGAGCAUAAAGACCUAACCAUUCAAGCAGAAGCAGGAGCUCUAGGAGAUCUAAUGACUUCUCCUACAAGAUAUAUGAAGAAUGGAACUCCUAUUUCUAUAUUGUGCCAUUCAGAUGCAUGGCAAGAGAAUACGUUUGAAGAGGCUGAGCAUAUUCCUCAAACUCCAAUUUCAAAGAGAAUUGUUUCGGAUGGAGAUGGUAACUGUACAACACCUGGUAGCGUGAAAAUGAAGGCCUCAACAUUGCUGCCUGAUGACUACAGUAAUGAUUUUGGAGAUACUGAGUUCAGCCCCCGGCUAACAAAUAUGAUUAAAACUGGUGUUGUUCCUGAGUCUCCUAUCAAUAACUGUGGACAAUCAAAUGGAGAAAGAAGAGAGAACAAUCUUGGUCCAGAUGCUGUUUCACCUACUCAAGCACAUAGUGAAAUGCUGCUGAAGACUUCAAGUCCUGGGAAAAAUGAACUGGUCUAUACAGACAGUAAUACCAGUGGAAGAAUCUCUGUUCAUCCUAUUAAUAAUGAAAUUCAAACUCCUGAACUUAAUAAGAACAAAGUUGCCAACAUAACAGGGUGUUUUUCCUCUUCCCCAAUUUUAGAGGAAGUCAAAAGUCCCUUGGCAAACGUCACAAACAAUAGCUGUAGCAAAGAUUGGCGUUUAAGUUCUGGAGACAAGACAGAAAGUGUAAAACCAGUACGCAAAUUUAAAAGAUUGCGCAAGAUUGGGGAUCAUAAAACAACUAAGAAUCUGGACAGUGUAAAGACUGCUGCCUCUGACCCAUCAGAGGAGAUUUCAAGAUCUUUUCCAAGUCCCCAUGCAAUUCAUCGUAAGCAUCAAAGAGGUAGAAGGAAGCAAGAUAAUGAUGCAAUAAGACCUUUCAUUGAAGAAGAAGCCGAGGUUUCUACCGAUGCAAGUGUCUCUGAUGAUGAGGAAGAUGACCAGGACAAUGAUUCAAAUAACAGUUUUAUAGAUGACAGGAUAAAUCCCACAUCUGCCGGUACUCAAUCUGAAACUAGUAGGGUUGACAUGAUGGCAAUCUACAGGCGUUCAUUGCUCACCCAAUCACCAAUACCGAGGCUUCCAAGCUGUUCUUCCACUUUUAGCCCUGAUUCUGUUGCUCCCACUACCAGGACAAGUGAUUCUGGAAGUAUUUCUGGCAAGGGAGUUUGCUUUCUUCAGACGCCUCAAGCCGAUUCCACACAUCAGUCAAUCAGUAGGCAUUCAAAGUCCAUAAAAAUAAAUCAUGACAUAAUAAAAAAUGACAUAGAAGUCGUGCCUUCUACAGCUUGUAUAGAGACCGAAAGUCGAAAAAGAAAAUUAAGCUUUUGUUUAUCAAGUUCUGUUCCUGUAAUCAACUUAGAGCAAAAAUUCCAACUUCAGUUUGAGGAUGAAGGGAGACAGUUGCAGCAGAGCGAAGCAAAUUCGGACAUACUUUAUGAUGAUAAAUUUUAUGAGGAUAUUGAUCUCGAUGCUAUCGAAGCACAGGCUACCUUGCUUCUCAAGCAUAAAUCAGAGUCAUUGCAGGAACAAAAGAUAAUUCCUCAGCCACAAAAUCCUGGUCUAAUUAGUUCACCAUCAUUUGAUCUCGGCAUUUGAUAAAUUUAUAAGAGAACCUGAAAAUCCAAGCACUGACCUGCACAAGCAUUUUGAAAGAAAUUUGGAUGAAUUCAAUGGGUAGAUUGACAUAGGUCGUGUAAAUGAGUUUCCGAAGGUGUAAAUAUUGUAUUAUUUUUGGAAAAUCUUCUGUCUGAGAGAAUGGUUAGAAGCAACAGGAGGGAAUUGCAUAUUGUGCAUAGAAAAUCAGGUGUAAGUUAUAUUGUAGUGAGCCAUAUUGUAAAGCACAAUAAACAAUGAGGAAAAGAAAAAGUUGAAAAUACAUUUUUUUUUU